AUGCAGGACAUAGCAGGGCCUGAUAUGCCCAGGAAAGCCCCUGUCUUUGAUGGCUUUGCCCUCUUGUGGGGCUUGCUCUUCGGAUUAUUCGUGGCAAAUGCACCAGUGACGGCUUGUCCCGCGAGUUGUCACUGCAUAGAGAAGAGUGGCAUGACAGUGGUCCAAUGUAUGUCUCGCAACUUGGAGAAGAUCCCGUCAGAUCUUCCACGGGAUACCGUGGUCCUGCUUUUGGCAUCCAACCACAUCACCCACAUCCCCAACCAUGCCUUCAAAGACCUGCACUACCUUCAGGAGCUGGACCUUUCGAACAAUGACAUUGAGACAGUGGACGUCGGAGCUUUUCAAGGUGUUUCCGACAGCCUCCUUGUCCUGGAUCUAUCAAAUAAUCGCAUCCAAAGUGUCCCCAAAGAGGCGUUUGCCCGCCUGCGAGCAAAAAUCAGCCUCUCAAACAACCCGUGGCACUGUGAGUGUACACUGCAGGAGGUCCUGAGGGAGCUGCGGCUGGACCCCGAGACCGUGAAUGAGGUGAUCUGCCACACGGCGGUGCAGGAGGAGUAUGCAGGCAAACCGGUAAUCCAGGUGCUGGACUCAGGGAUCAACUUCUGCAACUUCCACCACAAGACCACCGACGUAGCCAUGUUCGUCACCAUGUUCGGAUGGUUCACCAUGGUGAUUGCGUACGUCAUCUACUAUGUGAGACACAAUCAGGAGGAUGCUAGGAGGCACCUGGAGUACCUCAAGUCACUGCCCAGCAGCUCUCAGAUCAGCAAGGACUUCGACACCAUCAGCACUGUUCUUUAG